CGCCCCCGCCGGAGGCACCGCCAUGGCUUGGUGGGAGCGGGAGCAGGGCUCGUCGGAGCGGAGGGUAGCUGGCAUUGCCCAGGCAUUGGCCUCCCUGGAAGCUGCCCAGCCCCGUGCGGGGAGCCUGGCCCGCAGCUCCCAUCUCUGGCCGGCUGCUGGAGGGAGCAGGGAGCGUUUCCACCCGCUGCAGAAGAUGGACACCAACAGGAACGUCAGCUGGGGCAGCCAGGGCCCCGGGAGCUGGGGCAGGACUUCAGGCAGGCUCUCUGUUGGCCUCGGCAGUACCCGGAGGAAGGAGCUGAAGGAAAUUCUCCUGCAGAGCAAUAGCCCCGGCAGCACCAUGCGUUUUGCCACUGCUCAGAAGACAUCCAACACCGGCAGUGUCCUCGCAGCACCACACCAAGAGCAGAAGCCUGAGCAGAGCCCCGAGGUGCUGUCCUUUGCCCUGGACCCCCUGGAGCACGAGUGGCUGCUGACGGUGGCCCAGGGCGAUGCGGACAACAUCGUCAGGCUGCUGGACCUGGAUCCCAGCCUGCUGACCAGGAAAGACUUUGUGACGGGCUUCACUGCUCUCCACUGGCUUGCCAAGCACGGGCACCAUGAGAGCUUCAUCCAGGUCAUCUCCCACGCCCAGAAGAGGGGCUAUCCCAUCAACGUGAACAUCCCCACGGCUAGCGGUGGGCUCACACCCUUGCACCUGGCAGCCCUGCAGGGACAUGAGCUGCUCAUCAAAGUGCUGGUGGGAGCUUACGGGGCGGACACCAGCCGCAGGGACCACAACGGGCUCAAGGCUUGGCAGUACCUGAGGGCAGACACCUCCAGGGAGCUGAAGGAGCUGGCGGGAGCCUUGGAGGAGGACUUCAUCCAGCUGCGCUCUCACAACACCAACAACAACUGUAAGUCAUCCAGAGAGGCCAGGGCAGGGCGGGACUGUGUGGACGCCAGGGCUCAGGGGAAAGCCCAGCGCUCCUGGAGCCUGUCGACCCUCCGGGACUUUGUCAGACAGACAUUUGCUUUCUUCCAAGAGCACUAAAGCUCCCCUGGCCCAUUUGCCUGCAAACCCGUGCUGAAGAGCAGCCGGAAGAGCCUGCAGGGAGCUGGGAACUUGGUGAGGGCCAGUGCUUGAAAUCCCAGCCAAGUGGGGAUUAACCCCCUGAAUGGGGGUACCAUGGCCACCCCAGGUCUCAUGUGAUCUUUUGGGGCUGUGCUGGUUGUGGUGGUGGUGAGGCAACCGUGGCCAUUGGGAGCACUGCCUGGGGACAGCCCUUCCAAAAAACCACCAGUCCCCAGAGUGAGUUUUGACCCCUGCCCUUGCUGAUGGGGACUCCUUGCUGCAGCCCAGCAGAGCCCCACAGUGGGGGCUCACGUGCUGGCCCUGCUGUGGGGAGCUGCUUCCCCGACACCCCAGUGCCCCUAGGGGGGAUGCUGACCCACCCACCACAGGAGGUGAUGUCCUGUGGUGGGGGCCGGGGGUGGACGUUUGCACUGCCCAUCCCAGGCUGCCGGCAGACUUUGUGUGUGACUGUAGGUGGGUCAACGCAGCAACUUUGUGACUUGGUUUUCCCACCUGUAAAAUGAGGCUGUUGGCACUGCCCUGGCUCCCUGCACUGGUCAUGGCACCUUGGGUGCCUGGAUGGAGACACUGGCAGAAUAUAAUUAAAUAUUUCAUAACCAUGCUCUGAGACACUAGAGGCCUGGCACUGGGCUGAUGAUGGAGAAGCAACCAUGGCUUCAGAAAUACUGCCCCACCCCACUCCCAAAACACUUUUUUAUGUAUGCUUCUCUGCUGGCAGGGAGAGCGGGUACAGAGAAGCAGACCAUGCCACCAAGCUGCAAACGCUCUCCAGCUCCCUGUGAGAUCGACGGAUCUCUGCCACAUGCACCU